GAAAUCCUCCGGUCAUUUUGGAAUUGAGCAGCUCCAAAGCUCUAGCCGAAACCCAUAGCUUUUUUCCCCUUUGUUGCCUUUACCAUUCUUUUACCUUCUGGAGCCUGAAUAUCACGGCGUCAGCUGUCGUUGACGAGCGCUCAAUUCCUUUCCCUUCCGAUCCCUCUACAAGCGUUUUCACAAAGACGCGUGUAGAUAUAUAUAUAUAUAUAUAUAUAUAUCAAAAUGUCGAAAAUGGCGGAACAAUCUCGCUCAAUGGAGUCCCGUGUAGGGCGGAAAAACCAACGCUACGGCUCUAAAGGCGAAAGGCUCGUGGCGGGUGUCGUCCCGCUUUCUCAUGACAAAACGCGGGUGCUCAUGAUUCAGUCCGUAGGAAGUGGUGGUUGGGUCCUCCCCAAAGGAGGAUGGGAGACAGAUGAGGCACUUGCGCAACAAGCCGCUUGCAGAGAGGCUUGGGAAGAGGCCGGUGUUAUUUGCACGGUCCACAAGGAUCUGGGGUUGAUCCCAGACAUGCGCCCGUCCUCCGUUCUGACGUCGAGUGCCCCCAAGGCCUCGUACCAGUUUUUCGAAGUGACGGUCGAUCGCGAAGAAGACCAGUGGCCAGAGAUGCACAAGCGGAAACGGCAAUGGGUUACCUAUGCACAAGCCGCCGCCGCUCUUGCGAGCCGUCCUGAACUCUUGGAGGCUUUGAAUCGCAGUUCUCUGAAAAGAUAGCAGAGGAGUUCUGUCUUUUCUCACCA